AUGAGCGGCCGAGAUCCUCCAAAAAGGGGGCCGCCGCCACAUCAGGCGCCGCAACCUGACAUCAAACGUGCUGCCAUUUGGUUCUUCUCAGUGCCUUUGCCACACAUAGAGGCUCUACCACUGUCAGCUCUCUCGGUUCCUGUCCUCUGUGCUUGUCUGCUUGUCAGGGUAGUUCGUGUUCUUCUUCUUGAGGGAAAGUGCAUUGCUUCUUUGCAAGAGGAUCCCGCUGAAGAUAGUUUAUGCUUGGCCUGCUUCUAUUGCGCCACUACACGGCUGAGAUCCUUCAACAAGGGGGCCGCCGCCACAUCAGCUCAGACCUUUACCUUUUUCCAGGCGCUUGACCCCUUAUUGAGCCGUGAGCGGCCGAGAUCCUCCAAAAAGGGGUUAAAGCUCCCCUCUGUGGAGGAUCCCGGCCUCUCACGGCUCAAAAAGGGGUCCAGCGCCUGGAAAAUGGUAAAGAUCGGAGCUGAUGUGGCGGUGGCCCCCUUUUCGGAGGAUCUCGGCCGCUCACGGCUCAAAAAGGGGUCCAGGAUCUGCCCAAAGAAAGCAACCCUGACAAGCCGACAAGCACAGAGGGCAGGAACCGAGAAAGCUGACGGUGGUACAGCCUCUAUGUGUGGCAAAGGCAUUGAGAAGAACCAAAUGGCAGCACGUUUGACGAUCUCGGCCGCUCACGGCUGGAAAAGGGGUCCAGCGGUAGAUAAGGAGAAGCCGAUGAGCAAAAGAAGCAGUCCAGUUUCCCUUCACAGAAGCGGAGCACCGGUUGGAGAACUGGACUCCUCCUUUCGGGGAGUUCCUGACCCCUUCAAGAAAUGUGCUUUGGGCAUUUCCACACUCUUGGAGAUAUUGGAGAAGUGGUGCGAAGAGCAGAGAAAGGCAAUAGAUUCAGUGUACAAUGGCCUCAAGGACAGAAGCUCUGUGACAGUUUGUGCAGGACAUUGGAACAUGAAACCCAUCGAAUUGGAAAAAGUGGCGUUUCAGCGAGACGACCGCGUGCCUCGGCGGAAGCUCAGCGUGGCACACGUGCAGUGGACAGGUGCUGAUGAUGACAUUCCGAAGGGCCACAUUGGACAGGUCAUGGGUGUGAAGUACGUAGGUAAGGGCAACGCUGGAAAGAGUCUGUAUGUACGUUUUCCCAAUGGAUUCUGGAGCUUCAAACCACAUCAGCUGAAGUACAUAAACCUGGACAAUGACGCCGUCAACGAGCUCAAGGCAACAUUCAAGCGCUUUGACAAGAACGGAGAUGGGAAGCUGUCACUGGAAGAAAUGUCAGCAGUCUUAGGGAACCUCGGCGGUGGGUGUCUUUCCGACGACGAGUGCAAGCAGCUAUUCGAUGCCCUGGACAAAGAUGGGAACGGCAAGCUGACGGCAGACGAGUUCAUUGAUUAUGUCUUUGGUACUGAAGUGAGUGGAUCACAAAAGAAGCUUCUCAGUGAUGGCUUUGGAUUGUCCGGAAUGGCAGGCAUCAAUGACGAUGAAAGCGAGGAAGACGACGACGAUGAUGAUCCAAACAGUGGUGGAGGUGGAGGAAAUCAGGACCAUGACCAGCUGAAUUUCGAUGUCACGUUUGAUGCAGAGGACAAGGAAGGCAUCGAUGGAGACACCAUGGUUACCAAGGCGGAAUGGGCUUCUGCAAUGCUGACCGUUGGCGUGUGUCGAGCUGCUGCAAUCGAGAGCUUCGAAGGUGCUCUCGCGGACCUGGGAGAGGAGGGUGAGGAGGUGGCUGUGAAGUAUUUGGCCAUGGAAAUUAAUGGUACUGGUUCGGGAGGCAUCGAGGAGUUGCGCGGCGCAGUUGGACGUGUCAAGCACGGCAAGGUACCUCCUGUGGAGCUUGAAACUCCUGCCGAAGAGGUUGAGUUCGAGGUCGAGCUGGCCAGGAAGACGGGCAUAGACGGCUUGCUUCGACAUCUCCAGGUGGCAAAGAAGAGUCCUGACGAUGCCGUCGGCGAGCUUGCCGAUGCAAAGCUGUCAUCGCUUGAAGCGAAGGUCUUGGGCGACAUGGGCGAUGACUUGGUGGAUGCGGUGAAGGAAGCGGCCAAGAAUCCCAGCACGCUGAGUACUGCAUCCUCCUACCAGCGCGCUCGAGAGAACUGCCGCAAGGAAGUCCAGGAGAUCAUCGAUGGUUGCAAGAGCAGUGGAGAGAAGUUUGUGGACACCACCUGGGACCCAAAUGCGGAUGAGAACUUUGUGCUUUAUGUGGACAAGGAGAAGCCGGGCUGGGAUUGCACGGCCAGAAAACCAACGAAUGGCUGGAAGCGAGCCAAAGAGGUCUGGGAAGAUGGGAAGCUGGUCAUAGGGGAUGCUGCUGCCAACGACAUCGAUCAAGGUAAAUGCGGAGAUUGCUUUAUGCUUGGGGCUCUUGGGGCAAUAGCUGCCAACCGAAAGCGCUUCAUUCGUCAAGUCUUUGUACACUACGAUGAGGAGGUUGGGGUCUAUGGUGUGCUGUUUUGCGUUGAGGGAAAUUUCACCUAUGAGAUCAUUGACGAUUAUCUCGGUAUGAAAUAUAGCCACAGUGUCAUGUAUGGUGAAAGCAUGACGAAGAAUGAGAUGUGGGUAUCACUGGUGGAAAAGGCUUAUUUCAAACAUCACACGUGCAUCGAGAUGUGCGAUGGUGGUCACGGCACUGAAACGAUGUUUAGCUUUCUGGGUGGUGUGACCGGGAAGUACGAGGUUGGCAGCAAAUACUUCGACAAACCGGACGAAUAUUUCUCAAUCAUCGACAAGGCUCUUAAGGCUGGUGAGUUGAUGACCACGGGGUGGUAUGCGCCCAGCAAGGGCAAAUAUGCCAACUUGGAGGGAGGUGAGGGAGGCCCAUGUGGAGAGACUGGUCUCCCAUAUGGACUCGUUGGCGGUCACUGCUACUCUGUGAUCAGGACGGCGGAGCAUGAUGGAAAGAAGUUGAUUUGCUGCCGCAAUCCAUGGGGCAAAGGCGAGUGGAAGGGCGCCUACAGCGAUGCCUCUGAGGAAAUGACGGACGAAUUGAAGGAAGCACUGGACCACGCAAACAAGGCCUGCCACGGGCGCCACGUUCCAUUGGGAAGGGACUUGGAAAGCCUGAAGGACACCAGACCUGGAGUCACAGAUCAAACCGAUCCUGUCCCGAUGUCCCGGUACAGUCCUGGUGUAGCUGCUGCUGCUGAAGAUAAUGAGAUCAGCUUCAAGAAGGGCGACAUGAUCGAAGUCACAGAAAUACAAGGAUAUUGGUCCAAGGGCAAAAACUUGAAGAGUGGAGGAGAUCCAGGCUACUACAGAUCGAAGGAUGUUGAGAUCCAGAUGAAGAACGUACUGAAGAUUACACUCGACGUGGAGGAUAUUCAGGAAGGUGAGCCAUUGAUUUUUGCCUUCAUUGUGGAGAAUCAACUGAUGAGGCGAGAAUGGGCAAAGCGUAAGGCCGACGGUCUGAAUUACAAGGACAAGCAGCAGCCGUCCGGAUUGAUUUUCAUGUUCGACAAGAACGGCAAGAAACACAAGGGGAUGAAACUAAGGUAUCGGCAUUACUGGGAGUAUUUGGACCCGGCCAAAGCGCCAUGGACAAUCUACAUGGCCAUUUGCAAAGGGAAGGGCAUGCGAUACAAUGCUUACGGAUAUGCGCGCCACGGCAACGUUCAUUUGAAAUAUCAUCAGAUUUCAUACUCUGACUUCUUGGAUGAAUAUAAUAGCUAG